GCUACAUUGCAAUGCUUGUUGGAAUAACUCCACUUUCCUGCCAUGAUCUCACUGUAUUUGCAGGACUGCACGUAUUUUACAAGAAAGGAAAUUCUGAGGCUCUUCUACCGCUAUCGGGAUUUGGCUCCGCAGCUCGUUCCUCUUGACUACACCAACCACCCAGAUGUGAAGUUACCAUAUGAGCUGAUUGGCAGCAUGCCAGAGCUGAAGGACAACCCGUUUCGUCAGAGGAUUGCUGAGGUUUUCUCCGAGGACGGUGAGGGGAACAUGACACUGGACGACUUCUUGGACAUGUUUUCAGUCCUGAGUGAGAUGGCUCCGCGGGACCUCAAGGCCUACUAUGCUUUCAAAAUUUAUGAUUUCAACAACGACGACUUCAUCUGUAAGUCAGACCUGGAGAAGACGCUGAACAAACUGACCCGUAACGAGCUCACAGAAGACGAGGUGAGGAUGGUGUGUGAGAAGGUGAUAGACGAGGCUGACCUGGACAACGAUGGGCGUCUGUCACUUGAGGACUUCCAGCACAUGAUUGUUCGAGCUCCAGAGUUCCUCAGCACUUUCCACAUAAGGAUAUAAAGGACUGAAGGAAUCAUAUGUACAUAACUACAUACAUACACAGACUUAUUUUGAUGAAGAAUGUCUGGAAAGUGAGGGGAAUCUUGACACCGCAACACAAAUGAUUAUCUUGUCAAUGUCUACAGUAGAUUUUUGCUUUUUGUGUUUUAUUUUGUAAAAGAUGUAUAACCAAAAACAUUCUGAUCUUCAUCACAGAUCAUCAGACUUUGAUACUUUGCAUCCAGAGUAAAUUCCGAGUAACUAUCAAUGUUCUUGUCUUUCAUGGGGACAUCACUGUACUUGUAUUUGUUCGACCUGUACCAACACACCGAGCCCACAUCCGAUUUCCUUUUUAAAAUUGCAAAUGCAGAAAUAACACCAGUCAUGGUGUGACUGCAGGUCUGUCAUCAGGUGGCAGCAUCAACCAAUCCAUCAAGACAAGGCUCAUUAGUUAUGACCAUCAACAGUAGAUUUGUGCCUUGUAUCUGAAGGGGUUCAGUUACAUCAGACUAUAAAAGAAACACAUGCCAGAAUAUUCCAGUGGCUCCCAGCGAGCCAAUAAAAGGAGAGCCAUUUGUCAUGGAAGCAGUCAAACUCCAUUGUGAGAGCACGGGGUCAACUGACGGCGUAGUUUCCUCUGACAGUCAGCCAAUAAACACAGUGAACAUUACAUUUUAUAAUCUCGUUUUAUUAAAUCAAAAAGUACACAUAUCUACAAAUUGUAGAUACAUUUUCAUAUUGGGUUUAGAAAGUACAGUACAAUUUAAGUAGAUCUCUUUUUUCAAUGUGAUAUUUACAAUGUUUUUUUUUUUCACCUUUUUUUUCCAAAACUUAUUCUAUCACUCUCCCUGUGUACUUCACAAUCGCUGGAAUGAAAAUAUGGCUGUAAAAAGGGAUGUACAGUAUAUGAUGAUGUGAUAGGAGUCUUAAGAAAAAAGGAUAUGAUUUAAAAACAAAAUCAAUGAGGGAGUAUCAUUUCAGUUGAAAAUGAUACAGCUCAAGUCCUGCAAACAUCUGCUCCCUAUGUUUCUGUUUAAGACUUAAAGCUACAGAAUCACUCGAAUGAGACGACAGCUACCUCCACAUUUCAACGCCCAGGACUCUUCCUACUUCAUCUGCCAUCAUGCUUAAGAUUUGCUUGCACUGAUGCAGCCAUUUCUCCAAACAGAGCGUGUCCUGUUUUUGGCUCAGUGAAUGACAAAACUAAAAUAAACAACAAAAGAAAAAAAAAACCCCAUACAUUCAACUGUACAGGUCUACAAGUAUGUCUGAAAAUUGUGUUACACACAUAUGCACAGGUCCAAGAUUCACAAUGCAUAGCUCACCUAUGACAGAACUGAGUAUUAGCGGUUAAGACAAAUGGCCAUGGUCGUCAUGAGGUCCCAAAUUAUUUGAUAUUAAAACAAAACAUAAAAAAAGGUGCAGGCAAGCAAAAGCAGAUCCUCCCUCGAUAUUGUGCAUACAGGAGUUUGAUUUUCAGACGAGUAACAAAUGAAGGAAGGAAACGUGAGGAACAAUGGAAACAGACUCAACAUCAACGUUAAAUAGUUGGUACACGUUUGGAUCGCACAAGUCUAGUUCACUGUGGCUCGAGCUCUUAAUAAAAUACUGGAUAGAAGAGUUCAGGUGGUCACCUAUAAUGCAUACUGUGCCUGUGGUGCCACCUAGCUGGCAAACUGAAGUCCCACAAUCAAACACACACACACACACACACACACACACACACACAAG